CUGAAGCAUCACCCAGCUGAGCCGGGGUUGGGAGACUGCGUCACUACAGGCACAGCCUGUUCUGCGGGACCCAGCCGGGACAGCACUCUCUCCGAGCACCAGCCCCUGGACUCCCAGGACUCCGGCUGCGGAGCUGGGCUGGCUCCCGGCGUGCCCCUCUGCUUCAGCCAGAAGAUGUCUCGGGCCAUGCAGUGCCAGAGCCACCUGCCCUGGGGCAGCUGGAUGCAGCUGCGUGGAUCCCUGCCGGGGCGAAGGGGGACCCGGCGGCCGUACCUGUGUGCUGCGUCGGUGCCAGGCACUGCCAGCAGCUCCUUCCUCAGGAAGAUCCUCUGUGCAGAUGGUGUGUCCUUCCCCAGAAGGUGCGUACACUACCAAGGAGGGUCCCAGGAGCCCCCUGCCCAGCCUAGCUCCCCCCGCCAUGGCCUGGCUGCACUGAGGAAUGUGACUUCUUCUGAUGCCAUCAAGAAGCACCAGAAGAGCUUGUCUGCAUGGUUCAGCCACCAACCCAAUGAGGAGAGGCAGUUUGGCCCUUCCUUCUCACUAGACGCUGUCCACGUGGACCCAGUGAUCCGAGAGAGCUCCCUGGAGGAGAUUUUGAAGCCCUCGCCUGACCUGACCAUCCAGCACCAGCUCCAGCAGCCCUCCAGCCGGGUAAUCAGCCUCCAGAACCUUUUUGAUGUGGACGCCUGUGGGCGGCAGGUGAAGACUGUGGUGCUGUUUGGCACUGUUGGCACAGGGAAGAGUACACUCAUCAAGAAGAUGGUAGUGGACUGGUGCCAUGGGCGCCUGCCCCGCUUUGAGCUAGUCAUCCCCUUCUCCUGUGAGGAUCUGUCCCAGAGUCACACCCCCAUCUCCCUGCGGCGCCUCAUCACCAAGAAGUACCAGCACCUCCGCGAUGUGGUGCCAGUGCUGGGCACUUCCAACCUCAGGAUGCUUUUUAUCCUCAAUGGCCUAGAGCGCCUCAACUUAGACUUCCGGCUGGCUGGCACAGAACUGUGCUGUGACCCCAAUGAGCCCGUGCCUCCCUCUGCCAUCGUGGUCAACCUUCUGCGGAAAUACCUCCUGCCAGAGGCCAGUAUCAUCGUCACCACACGCCCAUCUGCAGUGCGCCGGAUCCCGGGCAAGUAUGUGGGCCGCUACGCUGAGAUCUGUGGCUUCUCCGACACCAACCUCCAGAAGCUGUACUUUCAGAUGCGCCUGAGCCAGCCUGGCUGCAAUGGAGAAGAUGGCAGUGAUAACAGUCCAAGGAGUAGCUCAGGAGAGCAAGACAACUUAGUGGAAAUGUUGUCAAGAAACCUGGAGCGCCACAACCAAAUUGCUGCUGCCUGCUUCCUGCCCUCUUACUGCUGGCUAGUCUGCACAACACUGCAUUUCCUCUACUUUACCAAGACGGUGCCUCCCAGUCAGACCCUAACUGGCAUCUACACCAGCUUCCUGAGGCUCAACUUCAGCGGUGAGGUGCUGGACAGCACCGACCCCACCAAUAUCUCUAUGAUGAAGUAUGUAGCCAAGACGGUUGGCAAGCUGGCCCACGAAGGGGUGAUGUCCCGCAAGACCUGCUUCUCAGAGGAGGACUUGCAGCAGUGCUUUGAGGUGGAGAUGAAGACCGAAAGUGAGCUCAACCUCCUGGAGGUUUUCCGCAGUGAUGUCUUCCGCUUCUUCCUCACACCAUGUGUGCAGCCAGGCAAAGAGCACACCUUCGUCUUCACCAUUCCUGCUAUGCAGGAAUAUCUGGCAGCCCUGUAUGUAGUGCUGGGUGAGAAGAAGACCUUGGCACAGCGAGUGGGGAAGGAGCUGUCAGAGGUCUUUGGGAAGGUAAGUGAAGAUGUUGUUGUGGUUCUGAACAUCAUCUCCAAGGUGCUGCCCUUGCGCUUCCUGCCAGUGCUUCUUAACCUGCUCAAAAUCUUCCCUCGCUACUUCUCCCGGCUGAGUGGCAAGGACCGAGACACUAUUGCCCGAACCAUGGCAGAGGAGAUGUUCAAAGAAGAGGACUAUUUCAACGAUGAUGUCUUGGACCAGAUCAAUUCCAGCAUCCUGGGCAUGGAGGGCCCCAUGCAUCACCCUGACGAGAUCUCUGAUGAUGAGGUCUUUGAGCUCUUCCCCAUUUUCAUGGGUGGGAUCCUGUCCCGCCGUAACCGCGCCAUCCUGGACCAGCUGGGCUGCUCCAUCAAGAAUCUAGCAGCCUUUGAGAUCGCCAAGGCCAUGAAGAAGACGGUUAUCAGGAACAGCCGUAAAGGGCUGCCCCCAUCUGAGAUGAUGGACUACCUCUUCUUCCUCCAUGAGUUCCAGAAUGAACGCUUCACAGCUGAGGCCAUCCGCUCCCUCCGGACCGUCAACCUCUCAUCCGUCAAGAUGACCCCUCUCAAGUGCUCUGUCCUGGCAUCUGUCAUGGGCACCACGUGCCACGAGGUGGAGGAGCUGAACCUGACAUCCUGCAAUAUUGACACCAGCAGCCUGAGGACCCUCUUCCCUGUCCUGCUGCGGUGCAAGGCUCUCCAUCUGCAGCUGAACAGCUUGGGCCCUGAUGCCUGCAAGGAAAUCCGUGACCUGCUCCUAGAUGACAAGUGUGUGGUGAGCAACCUGCGGCUGGCAAACAACCCUGUGGGCGAGCAGGGGGCACAAUUCCUGGCCGAGGCGCUGGCAGGCAACUGCUCGCUGACCCACCUCUCCCUGCUGCACACCUCGCUGGGGGACCAGGGUGUCGAGGUCAUUGCUCAGCACCUGGCCAAGAACCAGCACCUUCAGGAGCUCAACUUGGGCUACAACUCCCUGGCAGACGCGGCUGCCCUGAGGCUGGUGGAGGUGGCCAAAAAGCACCCGACGCUGGACACGGUGCACCUGUAUUUCAAUGACAUCAGUGAGGAAGGCAAACGGGAACUUCACACCCUGCGCGUGGAUCGGGACGGUGUCAGGGUGCUGGUCUUCCUUACAGCAGGCACCGAUGUCUCUGACUACUGGUCCAACAUCCUGAGUAUAGUGCACAAGAACCUGCCUUUCUGGGACCGCGAGCGGGUACGGCAGCACCUUGCCCUCAUCCUGCAGGACCUGGAGAGCAGCCGGAGACAGACUGCCAAUCCCUGGAGGAAGGCCAAGUUCCUGCGAGUGGAGAGCGAGGUCAAGAGGAUGCUUGGGAAACUCCAGCACGGGAGCCUCUAAACAGCCAUCUGCGUACCUGGCCAGGGAGGGAGCCGCGCUGCUGGAGGGUGCCCUGGGAGCACAACGUCUGUGCCCUUAUCCUCGUGGAGAUGCCCAGUGGUCAGGUGCUACUGAGGCUGUUAAAGGUGCUAGGCAUAUGGGGCUCAGCCCCUCGCUGUGGAUAAGGCUGAAACGCGGGAGAACUGCACACAGAGCGGGCCAGGAGCAAACGGGGCUCGCUCUGGGCUUGGAGAGACCCACGGCCCCGGGCCUGGCACCCUGGCGUGACGCGAGCGGGGCAGGACUCAGCCUUGCUUGUGAAAUUGUCGGUAGCAUUAAAGUGCCCCCCGUUGUUUGCACCGAA